AUGAUUUCUGCAAGACUUCACCGAGAUGGCAAGGGGCUGGUCCUGCUGGGAGUUCUCCUAGGGAUCCUUUGGGAAGCCGGAUGCACCCUGAUACGCUAUUCAAUUCCUGAAGAGCUGGAGAAAGGCUCUAAGGUGGGCGACAUCUCCAAGGACCUGGGACUGGAGCCCCGGGAGCUAGCAGAGGGAGGAAUUCGCAUCGUCUCUGGAGGUAACACUCAACUUUUCGCUCUGAACCCGCGAAGCGGCAGCUUGGUCACGGCAGGCAGGAUAGACCGCGAAGAACUCUGUAUGGGAGUCAUCAAAUGUCAAUUAAAUCUAGAGAUUCUUAUAGAGAAUAAAGUGAAAAUAUACGGGGUGGAAGUAGAAGUAAGGGACAUUAACGAUAACGCUCCCUACUUCCGUGAAAGUGAAUUAGAAAUAAAAAUGAGUGAAAACGCAGCCACUGGAAUGCGGUUCCCCCUUCCCCACGCUUGGGACCCAGAUAUCGGAAAGAACUCUCUGCAGAGCUAUAAGCUCAGCCCGAAUCCUCACUUCUCCCUGGAGGUGCAAAACGGAGCAGACGGUAACAAGUAUCCGGAACUGGUGCUGGAACACGCCCUAGAUCGAGAAGAAAAGGCCGCACACCACCUGGUCCUCACGGCUUUGGACGGGGGCGAUCCGGUCCGCACCAGCACCACGCACAUCCGCGUGAUAGUUCUUGAUGUGAACGACAAUGCACCAGAGUUUGCUCAGUCCGAGUAUCACGUGAGUGUUCCGGAGAAUGUGGCGGUGGGCACUCAGCUGCUUCUAGUAAAUGCCACUGACCAGGACGAAGGAGCCAAUGGGAAAGUGAUGUAUUCCUUCCGGUACGUGGACGAUAAGGCGUCCCAAGUUUUCAAACUAGAUAGUAAUUUAGGGACGAUAUCAACAAUAGGGGAGUUGAACUAUGAGGAAUCAGGUGUCUACGAGAUGGAAGUGCAAGCAAUGGAUAAUGCAGGAUAUUCAGCACGAACCAAGGUCCUGAUCACAGUUCUGGACGUAAAUGACAACGCCCCUGAAAUAAUCGUCACCUCUCUCACCAACUCAAUUCCGGAAAACUCUCCCAAAGGGACAUUAAUUGCCCUUCUAAAAGUAAAUGACCAAGACUCUGGGGAAAAUGGACAAGUAGUCUGUUUUACUCAAGGGAAUUUGCCCUUUAAAUUAGAAAAAUCUUACGGAAAUUACUAUAGUUUGGUCACAGACACAGUUUUUGACCGGGAACAGGUUGAUAGCUACAACAUCACGGUGACUGCCACUGACAGGGGAAGUCUGCCCCUAUCAACUAAAACUCAUAUCUCCUUGAAGGUAACAGAUACAAACGAUAACUCGCCAGUCUUCCUUCAGGCCUCCUACUCUGCCUAUCUCCCAGAGAAUAACCCUAGAGGCGCCUCCAUCAUCUCCGUGACUGCACACGACCCCGACUGUGAUGAGAACGCCCAGGUCACUUAUUCCCUGGCUGAGGACAACCUCCAGGGGGCACCCGUGUCCUCCUAUGUCUCCAUUAACUCAGACACCGGCGUUCUGUACGCAUUGCACUCCUUCGACUAUGAGCAAUUCCAAGAGCUACAGCUGCAAGUAAUGGCACGUGAUAGUGGGAAACCUCCACUCAGCCGCAACGUGUCUUUGAGCCUCUUCAUUCUGGACCAGAAUGACAACACUCCUGAGAUCCUGUAUCCUGCCCUCCCCACUGAUGGUUCCACUGGGGUAGAGCUGGCACCCAGAUCUGCAGAGCCCGGAUACCUAGUGACUAAGGUAGUAGCAGUGGACAAGGACUCAGGCCAGAAUGCUUGGCUGUCUUACCGCCUGUUGAAGGCCAGCGAGCCAGGUCUUUUCUCUGUUGUGCUACACACCGGUGAGGUGCGCACCACAAGGACUCUACUGGAUAGAGAUGCCCUCAAGCAGAGCCUGGUGGUGGCUGUGCAGGACCACGGCCGGCCCCCUCUCUCGGCCACUGUCACGCUCACAGUGGUGGUGGCCGACAGCAUCCCCGACGUCCUCGCAGAUCUGGGCACUCUAGUGUCUCCUGCCAACUCUGAAACCUCAGGCCUCACACUUUACCUGGUGGUGGCGGUGGCUGCAGUGUCCUGUGUCUUCCUGGCCUUCGUUAUUGUGUUGCUGGCGCUCAGGCUGAGGCGAUGGCACUCCUUGCGCCAGCUCCAGGCUGCAGGAAAUGGAUUGGCUGGCGUACCCGCCUCUCACUUUGUGGGCGUGGACGGGGUGCGCGCUUUUCUACAGACCUAUUCGCAUGAGGUCUCCCUCACUGCCGAUUCUCGGAAAAGCCAUUUGAUCUUUCCGCAGCCCAACUACGCAGACACACUCAUCAGUCAGGAGAGCUGUGAGAAAAGCAACUACUGCCACAAAGCUCCACUGGUGCUGUACCCUACACUGGCACCCAACAGCUCAGUGCUCUUUGACACUGUGCCUCAAGCUGUGGAGCCCGGCUACCUGGUCUCCAAGCCUGGGGUUCAGAGCCAGCAAGUUGAUCAUGAUGCCACUGUUUAUAGAUCUAGUCACCAUCUAGACAGUGGACAGCCAGUGCCCUCUUGA